GUGCUGGCUGGAGUCGGCACUUUGAUCGUUGGCAUUGGUGCCAUUGUCGGCAUUCUCGGGCUUAGUCAGGCGGCAUCGAUCCCAGAGGAUCGCAUGUUGGUGGACGGCCAGUUCAACUUCGAGUUCGACCUGGGAAGCAGGAGUGGAUUGUCGAGAGCAUCGGGAUUCGUUGAGCGUCGUCCACGUCGCCACCAAUACCCCCGAGACUCUGUGGAUCCACGAGUUUGGCUGUUUUCCUGA